GAUGUGAAUCAAAUAGAGGCUGCCUAUUGCGUUUGAUUUGACCACAAGACAAAAUGGCGCUCAGACAUAAGAGCGUGUUUCUGUUCAUUCCACUUACACAGACAAUCAGGUUUCUAAGUACCAGGCUUGCUGAAGUUGGAAGAUUUGAAAGGCCCAAGACUCAAGGAAAAUAUGAAUCUGGUCAGCUAUUUCUGCAUAGAAUAUUCGGCUAUAGAGGUGUUGUCUUGUUCCCUUGGGUGGCAAAACUCUAUGACAGAGACCUUCAAAAACAACCUUCAGAUGAAAAUGAUAAUGAAGAAGAUAUUCUUUCAAGGCCUACCUCAGCAGAGUCUCUUCAAAAUAAUGAUAAUGAAGAUGAUCUGUCUCCACGUGUUGGCCGUGAACUGAAAGGAGAAACAGUUACCUACUACCAAUCCCUUAUUGAUCAAAGAGAUUGUCCCUUCAUAAGAGCCCAACCUGAAGCAGUCACAUUUCUGGGAAAUCAGAAAGACACAUCACUUUAUGCUAUCCCUGGCCUCGAUUAUGUCAAUCACGAGGACGUUCUUCCUUACACAACAACAGAGGACCAACCAAUACAACACGAACUUUUUGAGCGAUUCUUAAUUCACGAUCCAGACCGAGUACCAUCAUUCAGUGCGAGCGAAGCCUUAAGGAACUGGCAUGGCAAGAAUCAUAAAUGGUUGGAACUGUCAGAUGUCCACAGGGAAACAACAGAGGACAUUCGAGUUACUGUUAUACCAUUUUUCAUGGGAUCGAGGAGCAUUCAAAAGACGCAGAGCUUUUGGUGGAGAUACAGCAUUCGACUGGAGAAUCUUGGUGUAAAUACGCUCCAACUGCGCGAAAGGCACUGGAGGAUUUUCAGUCUUUCAGGAACAUUAGAGACAGUUAGAGGGAGAGGGGUUGUUGGGCAAGAGCCUGUACUCUCACCUAGGCAGCCUGCGUUCCAGUACAGUAGCCACGUCUCUUUACAAGCACCUAGCGGACACAUGUGGGGCACUUACCGAAUGGAGCGUCCUGAUGGAACUGUGUUCGACGUUCGAAUUCCGCCAUUUUCACUUGAAAGUAAAUAAAGCAAAUCGAUGAAUAAAUGUAUACGAAUAUCCAUCCAGAGGCUGUGAGCAACUUGUAAAAAAAGAAAAGAGCAAUAAUAUUUUGAAUUAGCAUUCAGUUUUGUGAGCAUAUAGCUAGCAAUUAAUUUCCACUUUUACGCAGAAUCCUUUUUUCAAAUCAAAUGUAAAUUUAUCAUUCAGAUAUUCUUCGAAAGUAUUUUCGUGACAAGCACGUUUUCUAUUUUGAAGCUCAUUAACAAGUUUAGUCUGCUAGAUCUAUAAAGAAGUCCCACAUGCAAAUUUUUGCUGACUGAAUUUAUAGUAGCUGAUCUGCACACGAUCUCUUGUGUGCCUAUCGAUUAUUUCAACCUAAACAAACAUCAAAGCCCUAGGAGCAAUAUGCCUUUCUCCUAAUUGCGUCAUGGUAGUUAGCUCACGCAAAGCAUUCUGGUACUUAUUAGCAAUUACAAUAAUAUUCAGACCAAGUCGCACAUAUCUGACCAUAACAGCUGUGAAAUUUUAUAAUUUAGAAGUAGAUUCAGGUGGAUGAUAUUGUUCAUCCUGGUACAAAUUUUAAAAUUUUUAGUCCUAUUAAAAAAGUCCAUCUUCCUACGAACAUUCUUUUUUCCUCCCUAUUAUACGACUCACACAACGUGACGUCAAUAUUUGGCUCCUCUUAUUUUAAAGGCAGUCUGUCCCCUCAAUGAUUGGCUAAUAUGAACAAUAGGUCUUCCCGCCUUAACGGAUGACGGAUUACGAUGCUUGCUUUGGCUGGCCUAGCUGCGGUAGUGGAUGACAUUUGAAACUUCGAGCAAAAAGCUAUCGGGAAUGGCAAGAAGAUUUAAUUACUGGAAUUAAAUGAUGAUAAUGGAAGCAUUUCCUUUCGCUAUUUGACAUAUUUGUCGCAGAAACCAAACAGGGAGCCAUAUUUUUUUAGCCACAGCUUCACUACAACGGCAACACAGGCAUUUGAUUCAAAAGCUCUGGAAUCAAAGUUGUCUCUGAUUGGUUUAAAUCGUUUAAUUAUCGAUCAAGCUCAACGGUGCGUGAAUUUUAUUCCCGUGAAAAUAAAGCUGAGCACAAUAGGGGACAGACUGCCUUUAAGAUUGUACUUGCCUUUUUCCUAUUCAGUUGGUAUCAUUAGUGCCACUCAGCGUUUUGUGUUGCACGUUAAUUAGUGUACUGUUUCUUUCUACUUAAGCUUCUCAGAGUACCUAAAUAACAUUAAUUGACUUCUGUCCUUGUAUCAGCUGUAUCGAAUGUGUCACAGUCUAAAAUAUUCCGCAUUUAUUUUGUGUGUUUUUUAUGGUCAUCUAAGGAGAUUGUAAGUCCCGUUUAAUAUAAUUACAGAAACAUCGAUAUCAACCUUUGUUUAAGAGCAUAGUGUCCAAGAUUCCUUAUUUAGUUCUAACUUGUGCUGUAAAUUCAAAUAAAUUGCGUACAUCAGAGCUUUUAAUAAAAGGCUGGCCUUGACUACUGCCGUGUUGUUUUUAAUCAAAUACAAUUUCGUUGUUUUGA